AUGGGGGAGUGGGAGGGGCCCAGCCCGACGCCCCAGACGUUUGCCGCCAUCCUCCCGAAGUGGUGGAAAGUCGCGAAGCUGUGGUUCUACGGGGACGACAAACUAUUGGCGAGGGGGUACCUCAUUGCUGCAGUCGUCCUCUCCUUGCUGUACACCUGGCUGCUUGUCACCAUUUCCUAUGCACAGAGGAACUUCAGCACUGCAAUGUCUGAAAAACGCGUGGCGGAGUUCUACCAGGCAGUGUGGAUGUUCGUACUUAUCAUCGCCAUCGCUGCCCCACUGUUUGCCUUUGUCAAUUUUGUGGAAGGCCGCCUUGCAUUGGCUUGGAGGAUAUUUCUUGUCAAGAAAAUGGUCAGAGGUUACUUUGCAAACAGGGCAUUCUUCACCCUGAACCAGUAUGGAGUGGUGGUGGACAAUCCUGACCAGCGUAUCUGUGACGAUAUUGCAUCAUUUGUGGCGAGCUCUGUCAUGCUGGCAACAGAAGUUUUGAGGAAAAUCAUGAGCUGUGUCGCAUUUGCAGGAGUGCUGUGGAGCAUCUCACCAUCGUUGGUUGUGUACCUUUUCCUUUAUGCUGGUGCUGGAACAUGGUUCACGACAUGGGUGUUCGGGAAGCCACUGAUGUCACUCAAUUUCAGGCUACUGCAGAAGGAGGGCGACUUGCGCUUCAGCCUUGUGAGGGUGAGAGAAAAUAAUGAGUCGAUUGCCUUCUACAAGGGGGAGGGGCGUGAGAAGUCGAUCGUGUCUGAUCGCUUUGACAAGGUCGUCUUCACCAAGAUCAGCAAAAUAAACUGGGCCGCAGGGCUUGGACUCUGGAGCAAUGUAUACAGCUACUCAACCAUCUUGGUGCCCAGCCUGUUCACUGCACCGCUGUACUUUGCGGGAAUGAUUGAAUUUGGUGUCAUCAGCCAGGCAUCGUAUGCCUUUGGCAGGAUAGAAGCUGCCUUGGGGGCGAUUGUGGCAAAUUUCCAGGAAAUCAGUGGCCUGGCUGCCCAGACAGAGCGCUUGGCAGUGAUGAUGGAUGUCUUAGAAGACAUCGAGAGGGAGGGUGAUGCAAAUGCUGCAGGCAGGCAAGGUCAACACAUCGUGCAUCUGGAGAGCCAGUCGCCUGUCGUCCUCCAACUGGAAGGCCUUACAUUCAGCACUCCUGGGGACAAGCAGUACAUUUGUGACAACCAAGACGUCACACUUCUUCAGGGUGAGAAACUCCUGAUCGUCGGCCCCACUGGGUGUGGCAAGUCGAGUCUGUUGCGUGCAAUAUCUGGACUGUGGUCACGCGGCAAGGGUACCAUCCGCACACCUGAUGUCUCCAGCAUGUUCUUCCUUCCACAGAAGCCUUACAUGCCCCUGGGCACCCUUCGCGACCAGCUGCUCUUCCCCACCUCUGCCUGGGGUUCUGGGCAUGAUGAAGCCAACCUCUCAGAUGCCAAGCUGCUGGCAUUGCUGAGGACUGUGCGGCUGCCAGGGCUGGCUGAUCGCGUCGGGGGCCUCGAUGUGGAGAUGGAUUGGUCGCAGGUGUUGAGUCUGGGAGAGCAGCAGAGGGUGGCGUUUCUGCGACUGUUGCUGCACAGGGCCAGCUUGGCGUUCCUGGAUGAGGCGACCAGCGCCCUGGACAUCAAUACGGAGGCUGCCUUGUACGAGGCGCUGAACGUUGCCGUGGGAUCAUACGUAUCGGUGGGCCACCGGCCGCAGCUCGUCAAGUACCACACGCACGUCCUGGAGUUCGUGGGCAAUGGCUCCUGGCUGAAGUACCCCGCCUCAGAAUUUGACGCAAGGAGCCAAUACGGCAAGGGAGGCGCUGGGUGA